UUACGAAUAUUGGUCGUGUGUCAAGUGAUCUCACGUGCGUAGUUGUCACGUAAACGUUACUCUCCCUUAUUGUUUACAAUUUGCUCCGAAAAAAGUCCGGAGGACCAGAUAAGAAGAUGACGGAUAACUGGGACGAUGAUGAUUUCGGAACUUUUGAAAGUGCCGAUUUGAACAAAGGAAGUGCACCAAGCUCUGCUACCGUAAAUACCUCGACAAAUCUACCAGCCUGGUUACUCGAAGCUCAGGCGAAACCCCCAAUUUCACCAACACAUCAACGAGAUGAGCCUAAUCAUACUGCAAAGGCAUCUAAUUAUGAACAACUAUCCCUUCCAACCUCUGUAGCAUCUAUAUUUGACUCAACUAAUACCAGUGUUACUAGUGAAGAGGCUACAGGUGACACGGGACACGAUACAGUUUCGGCUACCAUAGCAUCCCCUGCAGUUACUGAAUAUGCAUUCAAUGCUGUGUUUUCUGAUGCUACAUCUGCACACUCAACGUUAUCAACUGAAGAAAAAGGAUCCGUAUUUGUGAAAAAAGAGAAAGAAAAAAAGGCGGAAGAACAGAAGAAAGAAAGUGAUCUGGUUGUCCAGUUAAGAGGACAACUAGACUCUGCCAUGGCCUUAAAAGAGCAAUCUGAAAUGAGUUUAAACGAACUCCGUGAGGAACUAAACCACAAAGUGGAAGAGCUGAAUAAGAAGAUAAAAAGGAAAGAGGAGGAACAUUCCAUAAUGAUGAUGCAGCUGGAGGAGAAAAAGAGCAAAGAGUUGGAGCAGCUCCAACAAAGUUCAGAAAAUACAAUGAGAGAGGUAACUGAGCAAUACACCACAUUAUGCAAUCAAGUGGCUGCGGAUCAAAAGUUACAGUUUGAGAAACACUUGCUGGAAAUUACUGAAAAAUGUUGCACUAUGUUGAACCAGCAGAACGAUUUAAUGACUCAGCAAAUGACUAAGCAACAAUCUAUAUUCGAUGAAAAACUGUCGUCAGCGAUGAAUCAAUGUAAAGAUGAUCUUGAUCUUCUUGUGGAGGAAAAGAUAAAGAUGGUGGAGGAUCGAUGCUCCUCUGCUUUGGAGGCAGCUGUAAAUGGAGUCAAAGUUCAAAUUGAAGAAGACUUUGAGAGAGAGAGGAGUUUUAACGCAAAAUCAAAACGAGACCUUGUUGCUGAACUUACUUUAAAACACAAGGAGGAAUUAAGAGCAAGUGUGGAAGAGGAGAGAGUGCGUGGUAACGUCAUAAAACGAGACGCAAUAGAAGAAACAAAGAAAUCAAUUUUACGUAUAUCCCGCGAGGAACAACAGGAAAUUGAACUCACGCGAGAACGUCACCUAAAUGCGAUCGGUAUUCUGCUUACGUCAUCACAGGAACACCUACGUCAUCUCCGUGAUGACGUCACGAGCAAUCCCAACGCAACGAAGCAUAUCGGAAACUAAUGUAUCAAUAUGGUGGUCGGUGCAGUUUAGUGCAGAAUUUACCCUUUGUUUAACACUUCUGUAAUCCAUUUCUGUUGGUACUUUUGAACUAAAAUGUCAGUGUGCGCAGUAACACACUGCAACACACACUGGCUUUACAUACUUUACAGUAAAAGUCUACAAAACGCACUUUUUAUCUCUUCAAUUAAAUAAACCUAAUUUUGUUAUUUAAAUUAAAAAAAAUUGAUGUUACCAUUCAUAUAGCAGGCACACACAUUCACAACAGCUUUUCUUUUUCCACAUCUUUGGCCAAGUUCGACGACGAAAAUUUGAUCUUUCAGUUUAUGACCUUACACUUCUGUUGUGGGGUUUUUACAAUGUGAGUGCAAUAUUUUCAAAUUAACAUUUAUUACAAAAUUGGUGUA